UUUAACAAAAUGGUUGCGGGUUGUAUCAAAAAUGUCUUGUGUGUCCUCAGUAGGUGUACUAUAAAGCGUAGAAGUAAUAUUUCUUACCGCGCUAGCUCUAGUGCACUCUAUGUUGAAUUUGGGAUGCAGCCUAGCUAGCUUUUCUGAGCGUACACUCUGCACUGUGUUUUAAAUUGUACCUUAGGUAGCAUUUAAAGCUAAUUCCUACUGAAAAGUUAGAAAGUUAGCUAACUAGUUAGCAUGCCAGAGAGAUACAUUAGCGGUCUUAGCGUGAAUGCGUAUAAUCUUCUCACCUUUUUAUUGCGAUGUAUUUGUACUUAAGUGCAGAUAACAUUAGAUAGUUAGCUCCACAGUUAGGACACAAUCGAUGACAGCUUUGCCGGAGGCUUGUGGUUUCUAUAGAAACGGCUGCAGGAUCCAAUAUGUGAAGGACAAAAAGAGGACAUUUCUGGUUUUGGUCAGUUUGAGAUUUUAAAAAUUAUUUUAAAGCGCAAUCAUGGUGCUGAAGAUUUUCUUCCCACGAUGCUGCAACAUGGCCGACAGCGGUCUGCUCGUGGGGCGCUGGAUCCCGGGCCAUGACUCGGCCGUGGUGCUCGCCGUCAUUCACUACCCCUUCAUACCUGGCCAUGUGAAGAAGUACCUGAGCGAGCUGCGCAGCCAGAUUCAGGUGGAUCUGACCGUUCUGGGGUCAUGGAGCUUAUCCAAGGACGGCCAGAAGGAAAUGGACGGCUUCUUGAAGGACCUCAGCACCAUCUUCCCUCACUCGCGCUGGCUGCAGCUGAGCCGUGAACCCGGCAAGAAAGGCUUUGCUUGUGAGGUGGUGCGCAAAAACGGACACGCACCACCAAGCGGUGAGGAAGACAAAAUCAUCUUCGUUCAUUACGAUCAGAGGAAGGUCAUGCUUUCACAGCUUCAUCCUAUCCAUGAAAACGGUGCUGAUGUGGAGUCUUCAGAGCUACGUGCGGUUUUCCACACGGUUUCCCAGAGCGAGCCGCUGUUCCUCCUCGACAAGUAUGAUGACGGGCCACUGAAGCUGACCCACUGGCAGUCGGACGGCAGGGAGGCGAGCAUCAUCGUGGAAUUGAUCAAGCAAGUCUCUGUCCCUGUCUGCAUUCUCCUUACCUCGCUGGUGUGUUGGUGGAAAUGGCUGUGGAGCUUCAGGGUCCUGAAUAUUUGGCCGGUUCCCUUCAUUUCGAGCAAGUUGUCCACCUGUGUUCAGGCAGGAUACAGGACGGAUCAUUUUCAAACCGUCUUCUCGACCAGGAAAGCCACGACUCACAUGGACUUCAUGAAGAAGGCGAACAUGUUUGUGUCCUUCUUUGUGGACAUAGCUCUGGGACUGCUGCUGAUCUCGUGGCUCUACAGAGAGAACCGUAUCAGCCAGCUUGCUAACACCUUAGUGCCAGCUGCUGAUCACGUAGCAAAGGAGCUGCAGGAGCUGCUGGAGUGGCUCAUGGGCGCCCCCGCAGGACUGAAGAUGAAUCGUGCUCUAGAUGAGGUUCUGGGGAGAUUCUUCCUCUACCACAUCCAUCUGUGGAUCAGCUACAUCCGUCUGAUGUCUCCCUUUAUUGAAAUGAUCCUGUGGUACGUUGGACUAUCCGCCUGCCUGGGCUUGACCUUUGCACUUUCCGUGCUGUCGGACAUUGUGGCGCUUCUGACCUUCCACAUCUACUGCUUUUAUGUGUAUGGAGCCAGGCUCUACUGUCUGAAGAUCUACGGCCUGUCGUCCCUCUGGAGGCUUUUCCGUGGAAAAAAGUGGAACGUCCUGAGACAACGUGUGGACUCUUGCUCCUAUGACCUGGACCAGUUGUUUCUCGGGACUCUGCUCUUCACCAUCCUGUUGUUUCUGCUCCCCACCACUGCUCUGUAUUACCUGGUCUUCACCCUGCUGCGGUUGGUGGUGGUGAUGUUUCAAGGUCUGAUCCACCUCAGUGUAGACUUCAUCAACUCCUUCCCUCUGUUCGCCAUGGGGCUGCGCAUCUGCAGGCCAUACAGACUGUCUGAGGGAGUGAAAUUCUGCGUGCUGCAUGAAGAACCCGGUGCUCCACUUCACCUACUGAUGGAGAUUAACCCUCUGCAGUGCAGUUCGGUGCUGCAGUGUUACCGCACCGAGACAUCCGGCUGCUCGUCCAGAGACUCGUGGCUCGCUUUGUGUAAGAAGCUUUUUGUAGGAGAGCUCAUUUACCCCUGGAGGCAGAAAACCACCAAGACUGACUGAAACACACCUGAAACUCUCAUGAGGUCUACUACAACUCCCCACAACCCCACAACCCUAUGACCAGCCUGAUGACACAUCAACUUCCUGCACUCGCUGUGUAAGAUGGAAUCGAAGGUGUCUCUGUUUUUUGUUUUUUUGUUUUUUUUUGUUUGGUUUACUGAACUGAAUUAACUUUCUCUCAUGGUCCGGGAUUUCUCACUACUGGUUAAUAUUUUACAGGCACUACUGAUUAGUAUCUUAAUCCUAGUCUUAAUAAAUACUAAGAAAAAUCAAGAACUUGAUUAUUUUUAUUAACUUAUUGAUUAGUUGUUGAUUAUACACAAUUUUGUUACAUUUCAUGAUGUUUUAUUUUUCAGAAUAUUAAAGGUGCCAUUUUUAGUGAUCAGCAGUUCUGAUAGACAUUUUCACAUCUACACCAAGAAAUGAAUAAAAAUUCUCAGCCUCUUCAUUGUACGGAUCAAAAUCUGAAAUAAUAAGGUAGUGAUUUAGUGAUUAUGAGGCUUGUCUGUAUCAGCUGAACAAAGAAUAGACCUGUACUGAUUCGUUCAUUUUAGUGAUUCAUUCAAACAGAACGAAUCAUUUAUAAAUGAAUCAUUUAUACUUCAGGUGCAGUUUACACUGAACAUCGCACACUGCCAUACAUAAACAUCCUCCUUUAUAGUUCACGACUUGUGCCAAGUUGUUUAAUUGUCUCUGUAGCUGUGUUAAUCAGAGAUGCAUUAGCAUAUUAAUUGAGCUGGAUGAAUCAGAUUGUACAUUUCUGUCGUCUCAAAUUUAAUUCCCUUGUGAUUUAUGUUUGCAAUAAAAAAAAACUCUCUUUGUAAAGUG